AUGGUUCGAUAUCUUCUAGGCGACCGGCCUACAUCACUUGAGCUUUCGGAUAUCACACAGAAGGAGUUGGACUUCAGCGAUGCCUCUUUCUUCACUGCAAACCCGGAAGGGCGCCUGCCUACAACAGCCGAGGUGAGAGCAUUGUCCAAGGACAUCGAUUUAGAUUCCAAGCCCGUCCCCAUAAAAUACGAGGACCUUGGCCUGAUUGUUAAACUUGGGCCCCAUACCACCUUCACUGAAGCACUGAAUCUUUGGAUGAUCAAAACCGUUUUCGGUGAUGAGAUACCGGUUCCUGAGGUCUUCGGCUGGCGAGUUGAUGACGAAGGGUAUGUUUUCAUUUACAUGGAGCUCAUCAAGGAGCCUACUCUGGGGGAACUACGCAACCUUGCUCAGGAUCCAUCGGACAGGUUCUUAGGAUCGAUCGACCGCGGACAUUUGUUAGACUAUGUCUGCAUUAGUCAACCACAAAGUGCCCCUUUCCCCAGCAUCAAAGCAUUCAAUGACUGGUUUGCUCUUCUACACCAAUUACCGUUUGAGCACAGAUACGACGACCCCAACCGACGUUUGCUGCCAGAUGACGGAGACAUCAAGUUCACACAUUGUGAUCUAAAUCGGGUCAACAUGAUCGUUGUAUCUCGUAGUCCUGCUCGGCUUGUGCUUGUGGACUGGGAACAGGCGGGUUGGUACCCAGAAUACUGGGAAUAUUGCAAGGCUCUUUACACCUGCAGGUUUGGAAAUGAGUGGCAUUUGUGGAAACUACUAGGUACUUGUCCCCGCACUGGUUGA